AUGCUCUACGACCUCAACGUCCCCUGGACCCCCAGCACCUCCCCCGCAGACCUCUCACGCACAAUCUCCUUCCUCACCUCCCUAGGCUACCACACCCUCGCCCUGACGCACUCCCUCUCCGCGACCUCCAUCCCCGCCCAAAUAUCAAACCCCAUCCCCCUCACCCCCUCCACGCCCCUCCCCGCCAACACAACGCUGCUUCGCCGCCUCACACUCACGCUCUCAGACCCGACGCAGAACCACCGCCUGCCCGCCCUGGCCGCGGCGUACGAUAUAUUAGCACUGCGCCCUACGACGGAGAAGGCGUACCUGGCGGCGUGUAAUUCGAUUACGGAGCAUAGUAUUAUUUCGCUGGACUUGACGCAGAGGUUCCCGUUUCACUGGAAGCCGAAACCGGCUAUGACGGCUGUGGCGCGGGGGGUGCGGUUCGAGAUCUGCUAUGCGCAGGCUACGGGUGCGGGGAUGGGGCAGGAGCAGAGGAGGAAUUUUAUUGGGAAUGUGGUGGGGAUUGUGAGGGCGACGAAGGGGAGGGGGUUGGUGAUUAGUAGUGGGGGU